AGAGAGCUCCCAUGAUUCCACUGCAAAUUCACCACCUCAUUCCACCCUUCCCAAAUCCCCAAACCACCCCUCUCUCCGCUCCCCCUUCCCUUUCUCCACUCUCCAAAAGACUCCACCUUUCCUCCAGACCCAACCUCCCCACCUUUCUCCCAACUCAACUCCCCAAACCCUUCACCUCCAAACUCUUGAGAGCUUCACAAAGUCAGUCCCUUUUCUUCGGCAAUGAGGAGGGCACAGCCGGAAUUUCAUCUGACCUCAACGACCUGUCCUCAAACGGCGUCGUUUACCGGAAAACACUGGCGUUGGUCGAGUGCUCCAUGUUUGCUGCGCUUACUGGGUUGGUCUAUUUUCUCAGCAAUUCUCUCGGAAUUGAGAAUUACUUUGGUUGCUUCUUUUCGCUGCCGAUAGUGAUCACCUCGAUGAGAUGGGGCGUUGCAGCUGGAAGGAAAACUAUGGUAGCAACGACUAUGCUAUUGCUGGUCUUGUCUGGUCCGCUGAAAGCCUUGACCUAUCUGCUUAAGCAUGGAUUAGUUGGUUUUACGAUGGGAAGUUUUUGGAGGUCAGGAGCGAAUUGGACCGUCUCCGUUUUGUUGUGCGCUACUGUUCGAGCAUUGGGUUCUGUAGUGUAUGUUUUGAUCACUUCUUUCUUGAUAAGAGAAAAUCUAUUUGCUCUGAUUACCAUGAACUUACAUGCUGCUCUAACAUUCAUCUUCACAGCAGCAGGCAUCUACACAGUUCCAUCAAUGGAAGCGAUAUACGCAAUAUUUAGUAUUCUGGUUUAUAUAAAUAACGGGUGCUUUACGUUCUUGCUGCACAUCUUGUACGCUGCCUUCCUUUCAAGGCUAGGGAUGAAAGCAUCCUUGACAUUACCGAGAUGGCUGGAGAAGGCAAUAUAAGUAUAUAACAAGCGUCGGUGUGACUAAAUAAUUAUUGAUGUAUUGUAAGUGAGAAAAGGCUUAUUGGUGUUAAUUAUUUGGAUGGUGUUGGCUUGGGUUACAAGGAUUGUGCAAGCAUCCCCAACUGUGGUCUCAUCAUUCAUGCACCAUCAUCAGUCAUCAUUGAUCAUGACUACGCAAAAAACUUGAUGUACCAAUUGAGUACGGGAUAAUAUUAAUACCCUUUAGUCUUGCUUCCU